GGCUAGGUAUCAAAUUGCGGCUGUGUGUUGGUUGCACUGGAAAAGUAUUACUUAUAAGUCCAUCAUGCCAUCACCAGUCGUUCCCUACUCCUUCUUUACUCCUCAAACACACAAUCUUUCCAGCGUUUAGAUUUCCUAUCAAAAAUAAUAUCAUUUUCAUUAUGCGUUCCUCAACUGUCGCUUUCGCCGUUACCUUGGCCUUGGCCAACUCCGCAUCAGUUCUAGCUGCUGGUGGUUCUGCAGCUACAAUCACCUAUGCUUCUCCUACCAUUCUCCAAACUGGAGACAGCGAAGAUAUCAGCAUUAGCUCGACCGCUGCCAGUUUGGACGCUACCAGCACAUCUUUGUCUGCUCUGGUCCCAAUAACCUCGACCGGUGCCAGUGUGGAUGCUACUAGCACAUCAUUGUCUGCUCUGGUUCCAAUAACCACUGUUGCCUCCGCUCCGGAAAGCACUACUUUGUCAACUUCCAGUGUCUCCGGCAAGCCAGGCGUUUACUCUAACUCCACAAUUAUCUCUACCGCAACUGCCUCUGUCUCUAGCGUCGGCACAUCUACCGCUACCGCCGUCACUGAAGUAUCCGGAGCUACCACCAAAGCUAGCAAGACUGGAGCUGCAUCAAGUGCGAGCGCGAGCGCCUCAACAUCGAGCUCCGCUGCCGAUGCUUUGUCGAUGAAUGGAGCCUCUUGGAGUGUUGGUAGUCUUAUGCUUGGUGGAAUGGCUGUUGUCUUUGGUUUCUUCUAAUUGCAUUACAAAGUUUAAUUGAGUUCACGAUGAGAUAAUUGUAUGAUGGUUUAUGUAUGGGAUCUUCGAAUCAUGGAACGGAAACUGGAAUGGGAGUUUAAUGAGAGAGGUUAUUCAAUUUGAGCUUGGCGUUUUACAUACAUCACUCUUGGAUUUAAUCUUCUGAUCCUACUUGAUGUUGAACGCAUACAUGUUCUGAGGCUAUAGAUACCGGGUUGUAUUAAUAUUAAAUGAAAAGUA